CGUUACUUCUUGCGGUGGCUAUCACGGAGCUUCCACAGAUUCAGUAACAUUAGCAAGUGGUGGAGGCCAGCAGGUGGAUGAAGGAAAAGGGAGGCAAGAGGAGACACCCGAAGCGGCCGCCGGUCCGCGUGUCAGGUGAACUUCAGCUGAUCAGCAGGAGGAGAAGAGUCUGACGGAGCAGCAGAGGAACAUUUUCAGCUACUUGGACUCAGCUCAGCCGCUACAGAGAAAACAAUGAGCUCAACACAGAAGGACCAACAUGGAGCGAGAAGUCAGCGCUCUCAGGAGGCCGACAAACCUCACAGAAGAAAGGGAGAGAAAACAUACACCUGUGACGAGUGUGGGAAGGAUUUUACUUUGAAGGGUUCACUAAAACUUCAUCAGGUCAUCCACACUGGAGAGAGACCGUUCAGCUGUGACUUGUGUGGAAAGUCUUUUCCCUGGAAGUGUUCCCUAAAAAAACACCAAGUCGUCCACAGUGGAGUUAAAGCAUAUAGCUGUGAUCAGUGUGGCAGAGCUUUUACUCAAAGUAGCAGCUUACAGAGUCAUCUAGUUGCCCACUCUGGAAUUAAGGCAUACAGCUGUGACAUCUGUGGAAAAACUUUCAGCCGGAGAAGGUACCGAAAUACACACCAACGCAUUCACACCAGACAUGAUGUGUACUGCUGUGAACAGUGUGGCAAAGAGUUUAUAACAGACGCAAGCUUACAACAACACAUGUUUACCCACACUGAGGAGAGGCCUUAUAAAUGUGACCUGUGUGAGAAGGCUUUUAAAGCCCCACGUUACCUGAGACAACACCAACAGAUCCACACCAGAAAGAGACUCUACAAGUGCAGUUACUGUGAGAAGCAGAGAGACACAGAUGGAUCCUGUUCUCAACCCUGUCAUCACUGUGGUGGUGGGAAAGACGUUCAUUGUGACCUCUGUGGAAAAACUUUCAGUCGGCAAGCCGCCCUAAAAAUACAUCAACGUAGACACACUGGAGACAAACUGAAAUACUGCAAAGAAUGUGGGAGAAGCUUCACCAAAUCAAGUAGAUUAAAACAACAUGAACUGAUUCACAGUGGGGUUAAAAAGCACCUCUGUGAUCAGUGUGGGUCAUCCUUCACCUCUGCAUGGGAGCUUAAAACACACAAACGAGUCCACACAGGAGAGAAACCAUACAAGUGCAGACACUGUGACAAAAGCUUCUCACAAUCAAGUAGUCGUAACUAUCAUGAACGUACACACAUGGAAGGAAACUACAGCUGUGACCAGUGUGACAAGAGCUUCAGGAAUCUCAGUUCAUUCUCUGAACACAAACGAUCCCACGUUACUAAUAAACUGUUUCACUGUUACCAAUGUGCCCAAACAUUCACCUCAUUGUCUGCUCUGUGCAAACAUCAGCGUGAUCACUCAGGGCUGAAAUCACUCCCAUCACUGGAUCACAGUGAAUCUGAAGAGACAGAAAGAUCCUCUGGUUUCAGUGUUACACCCAAAAAGCUUGAGAUCAGGCUCCACAGAGUUCAGAUAGAAUCAUUUAAACUUGUGUUGAACUGAACUGGUUGCUGGGCUGAACUUCUACAUAAUACAGAUUUACAUGGGAUCUUAUUUUCUGUCGUUUUACUGAGUCAGUUUUGUCAUUUUUUCUCUGUCCUGGUUUUGCUCGUCUGUAAAUAAUUGAAACUCAGUCAAAUAGUUCAUUGUUCGCCAGCAAAACGUUUUGGAAACUCAUGUUUAACCUUUAAAACUCUGACAUGUUUUAGCACACAAGGCUUCAUCGGGGAGUUCACUCAUGAUUGGACCAUGAGAAUAAAGGUUUUUAGUUCUUUCAAAGAGA